AUGUUCCCAAAGAUCCUCACCAAGCCCGUCAGAAAUGGGACCGAGAUGGUUCGCAAAACUAUCUGCGGCUGGGCUUGGACGCCAGCUGUUUCUGUGGCCAAAAGCGUAGUCUUGAGCGCAUUUGCAUGUGUUGAAUCUGGAACACUUCUUCUCGUCGACGAGCCCGGAGAAACUCGUCAUGUGUUCGGGCAGAAACUAUUCGGUGGUGUUGGUCAUGAUGCCGCAGAAACUUCGUGUCUAAGACGAGCAGGCACAAUACCACGAGUGGAAAUUGUCGUGAAGAGAGACAGCUUUUGGCUACGGCUUUUAUUGUUUGCUGACAUUGGUUUUUCAGAAGCGUACAUGCUAGGUGACUUCCAAUGCGAAGACCUGACCUCCUUUUUCCAGUUAUUCAUCCUCAAUAGAGAACGGUUGAACAAUGGCACCACAGUCGCUUCCAAGAUCUCAACCUCAAUAUCCUACUUUGUGCGCUCUACCAACGCCUUGUCAAGUGCGCACCUAAAUAUAUCGGCACACUACGACAUCAGCAACGACAUGUUUGCGGCAUUUCUCUCACAAGACAUGACAUAUUCUUGCCCUAUAUGGCAGCGCGAAACGGGUCGGGAAGCUGACUGUGAGACUCUGGAAGAAGCGCAAUACAGGAAGCUUCUCCGAUUCAUAGAAGGUUCUCACUUGAAGAAUAGUGAUCAUGUCCUCGAAAUCGGUACUGGCUGGGGUUCGUUUGCCAUCGAAGCUGCAAGAAAAACUGGCUGCCGAGUUACCACCAUUACCUUGUCAAAGGAGCAAAAAGAAUUUGCGGAGAAGAGAAUACAAGCAGCUGGACUGCAAGAUCGCAUCGCGGUGAAACUGGUAGACUACCGUGAACUUCCUGAUACAGAGAAGCCGUACGACAAGAUUGUCUCGAUCGAAAUGCUCGAGGCGGUUGGGCAAGAAUAUCUAGCCACAUAUUUUGCCAGCAUUGAUAGACUUCUGAAAAAAGAUGGGGGGAUUGCAAUGUUUCAAUGUAUAACCAUGCCGGAAGGGCGGCAUGAGCAAUAUUCCAAGUCAGUCGACUUUAUUAACCAAUACAUUUUCCCGGGAGGUUAUUUACCCUCAAUCACGCAACUGAUGAAUCAUAUAAGCCGUCAAUCGAAUGGAACACUUAUAAUUGAAAAAGUCGAAAAUAUCGGAGGUCAUUAUGCGAAGACACUGCGCCUAUGGAACCAAAAUUUUCAAUAUCAGUUCGAUGAUGUAAUAAAACCGGCGCUACUGCACAAUCAUCCAGGCAUGUCCAAGGAAGCUAUUCAAGUAUUUCGCAGAAAGUGGGAGUAUUAUUUUACAUACUGCGAAGCUGGAUUCAUGACGAAGACACUAGGGGACGUGAUAAUCACGGUUGGAAGAGAGGGAGCACUAGAGUUGAUGGAGGGAAUUCCAUUGUAA